AUGGACCCGCCUAGUUUUUCCCUCUUCGAAAAGACUCCACCCCGCCCAGCCCCAACCCUAUCCUAUUCCUGGAAAGAACGAUGUCCAGAUGCCCAGCUACUGUAUAUUCAGGAUGCUGAGCUAGCAAAUAAGGAGUUGUCAAUCCUUACACCUGGCGCAUUUGGUUUCGACCUCGAAUGGAAACCGAAUUUUGUCAAGGGAGAGGGGGAGAAUCCGGUCGCUUUGGUGCAGCUGGCUAACGACGAAACAAUUCUUCUGCUCCAGAUCAGUGCGAUGAAAGAAUUCCCGACCAAACUGGAAGAAAUACUCGGUAGCUCUGACUUUCUAAAAGUUGGCGUCGCCAUCCAACACGAUACCCAGAAGCUAUAUAAAGAUCACCAGGUUUCGACAUACAACUGCGUGGACCUUUCUCUGCUUGCCCGAUCCAUUGAUAAUGAUCGAUGGAAAGGGAAAUAUAAUUCCUCUCUCGGUCUUGCUAGAGUCAUUGAAUCGUACGAAUAUCGCCUACUUGGCAAAGGCAAGAUCUCACGGAGUAACUGGGAGGGUCAACUGCGCGAUCCACAACAAUUAUAUGCAGCCAAUGACGCACAUGCGGGAUAUACAAUUUAUAGGAGGCUCAUCGCGAUGGUGAAUUCAUCCUCAACGCCUCCAAAGAGUGUUUGGUAUACGUUCGAUUCUGUCCGAGGUCGGCUCUGUCAGCCUUCAGGAGAGCAGUGGCGUGCUUACAAUCCAAUUUAUGAUCCUGGCCCUCCCCCUCCCCCCCGUGUUUCGAAAGAACCCAAGGCCGCGGACGACGAAGCCAAUAACAACUCGUCGGGACCUUCACAAUUACCAGAUAACAACUUAGAAAACAGGUUGAACGAGAGACCGUUUCGUGUACGUGGACGAGCGGGAAGAUUUGUUUCCUCCCGACCCCAAGCACCAGACCCUUCUUUUCGGGGGCCUAGAAAUGCGGAGAAUUCUGCUUCAAGCAAUCGUCAAUUCUCCGCGAGCGUUGCUCCUUCACACUAUGGGCCUUUGGUUCCUUCUCCUUCUCCCCAAGUCAGCAGCUCGACAGCGCCCACCACGGAUUCCUCUCAGCAAUCUCACUCGGACCACAUCGGUUUUCGGCCACGGCCCAGGAGAGGCCGUGGUAGGGGUCGUGGCAACCCCAGGAUAAACAUUAAUCCGACGGAAGGCGCAAAAAGAUCCAUUUAA